AUGAUUAGAUGGCUGGCCAACAAAAUAUAUAUGCCUAAACCUAAAGUUAUUGUUAUUGCCGGAACUACAGGAGUAGGCAAGUCCCAACUGUCAAUUCAACUCGCAUCUCAUGUUUCUGGCGAGGUAAUAAAUUCGGAUUCCAUGCAGGUCUACAGAGACAUUCCCAUCAUCACCAAUAAACACCCAAUAGAAGAGAGGUGUGGAAUCCCGCACCACGUAAUGAAUCAUGUUACCUGGGAUGAAGAAUACUAUCUGCACAGGUUUGAGAAAGAAUGCUUGGGCGCAAUCGAGGAUAUACACUCAAGAGGUAAGGUCCCAAUAAUAGUGGGAGGAACUCAUUAUUACCUUCAGAUUUUACUCAGCAAGAGAGCUAUGCAGAAACACAGGAAACCUACAGCUGAAGAACAAGCUAUUCUAGAAAGUGAAGGGAACGACCAAGUUUAUGCUGCUCUUCAGGAAAUGGACCCUGUGAUCGCGGCUAAAUAUCAUCCAAACGACACCCGGAGGGUUCGAAGAAUGCUGGAAAUAUAUUUCACCACAGGCCAACGGCCAAGUGAGGCGUUUGCAGUGCAAAAGAAUUCCCUAAAAUUCGACACUCUGUUUUACUGGAUUUAUAGUGCUCCAGAGACUCUCGAUCUGAGAUUAGAUACCAGAGUUGAUGACAUGAUGAAAAAUGGCGCACUGGAAGAAAUACAGCAGCUUUAUGAUUACUACAAAGUUCAUAGUUUUACCCACGAGCAAUGCGAAAAUGGUGUGUGGCAAGUAAUUGGUUUCAAAGAAUUUCUCCCUUGGUUAGAAAAUAUUCCAGGGGCCUCUUUCGAUUUGUCUAUAGAACGCAUGAAGGUCAGAACUCGUCAAUACGCCAAGAAGCAAGUUAAGUGGAUAAAGAAAAUGCUAUUACCAGACGUCAAGGAAAAUUUGUAUGCAUUAGAUGCCACUAAUCUCGAACUGUGGGACAGAAACGUUUUGGAUAGGGCCAUUUCUAUAGCGGAUGAUUUUGUUUCCUCGCAAAAGGUGAAAGAAGAGCAUGCACCUCCGGAACUCAAGUGUUUAUUGAACAGCACUUCAAUUGGUGAUAAUAGCCCUAAAACUGAAAAUGAUUGGAGCCGUUAUACCUGCCAAGCAUGCCGUGACAAAGACGACAAGCCCCUACUGGCUAUUGGUGAGAAAAAUUGGCAAAUUCAUUUGAAAAGCCGGCGACAUCGAUUAAAUCUAGGUCGAGCCAAAAAACAGGAAAACCAUGAAAUUUGGAAGAAAAGAAAACUUGAUACACCACCUACCGCUUGA